ACUGCCCUGCGUGAGGUGAGGCUAUUAAAAAUAAAAGGAGGGUUAAAUGAGUUUAAAUGACGAAUUGUUUAGUGCUAUAGAAGCACUAGAGACAAGUAAAGUUAGCGAUCUUAUAAAUAAAGGUGCUAAUGUAAACGCUAGAAAUAGUCAUGGGAGUUCCCCAUUGCAUAGUGCUUCCCGUUCUGCUCGCUUCGAGAUAGCAAAGCUUCUUGCAGAAAAAGGUGCUGAUGUUAAGGCUAAAGAUAAAGAUGGGAAUACUCCAUUGCACAUUGCUGCCCAUUCUUCCUAUGCCUUGGAUACCGUAAAGUAUCUUGUAGAAGAGAAAGGUGUUGAUGUUAAUGCUAGAGAUAAUUAUGGAGAUACACCAUUGCACCUUGCUGCUAAUUCUAAAUUUUCUAACGCUUUCGAGAUAGCAAGGUAUCUAAUAGGGAAAGGUGCUGAUAUUAAAGCUCAGAGUAAUGAUGGGUCUAUACCCUUGCACCUAGCUGCUAGUUCUGCAAGCAACUUAGAGCUGAUGCAGUGUCUUGCAGAAGCAAAAAGUGCUAAUGUGAAUGCCAGGGAUAAUAGAGGACAUACUCCAUUACAUAUAGCUGCUCGCUCGUUUGUAUUAUGGAGGGUAGAGUAUCUCAUAGAAAACGGUGCUAAUGUUAAUGCUAAAGAUAAUGAUGGCUAUACUCCUUUACAUACUUCUGUUAGUACUACAGAUAACAUACAUAUAGUAAGGUAUCUAAUAGACAAACAAGGUGUUGAUAUUAAUGUUAAAGAUAAUAAAGGAUAUACUUCAUUGCAUCUUGUUACUCGGUUUCCAGACUUAUACAUGGUAGAGUAUCUUGUAGGAAAAGGUGCUGAUAUCAAUGCUAGAGAUAAUGAAGGAUAUACUCCUUUGCAUAACGCUGUUCGUUUUCCCAAUUUGGAAAUAGCAAAGUAUCUCAUAGAAAAUGGUGCUAAUAUUAAUUUUAAAAAUGAUGUGGGCUUUACACCUUUACACACAGCAGUUCAAGAAGGCAAUAUGGACAUGAUUAAGUUGCUUAUAAACAUCUCAAAUAUUGAUUUCCACGCUAAAGAUAAAGAUGGUAAUACACCAUUACAUAUAGCUGUUGAGAAUACUCAAUUAGAGGUAAUUAAAGUUCUUGUAGAUAAGAAGCCUGAUAUGAUUGACGAUAUCAAUUAUUAUCAUGCUACAGCUUUAUAUAUAGCCGCUCAAUAUUAUACCUUAGAUAUAGUACAGUAUCUUGUAGAAAAAGGUGCUAAUGUUAAUGCUCACGAUUUUGAUGGAAAAACCCCAUUGCGCGCUGCUAUUCUUCACCCUUCCGUCAGGUUGAAGAAUGCAGAAUAUCUUAUAGCAAAAGGUGCUGAUGUUAAUGUAAAAGAUAAUUCUGGAAAGACCAUCUUGCAUAGUGCUGUUAGUGCUUCUAGGUCCAGCUUAGAGGCAGUACAGUUAUUAGUAGGAAAAGGUGCUGAUAUGAAUGCUGUAAGUAAUGAAGGGAAUACCAUUUUACAUGAUGCUAGUGAGAAUAUCAACUUAGAUAUAGUAAAAUAUCUAGUAGGAGAAAAAAAUGCUAAUGUCAAUGCUAAGAAUUAUGAAGGAAAUACUCCAUUACACAUAGCUGCUCAAUAUUCUACCUUAGGUAUAAUACAGUAUCUUGUAGAAAAAGGUGCUGAUGUUAGUGCUAAAGGUAAUUAUGAAUAUACUCCAUUGCAUAUUGCUUCUCGUACUUCCAGCUGGGAGAAGGUAGUAUAUCUUGUAGGAAAAGGCGUUGACAUUCAUGCUAGAGGUAGUACUGGAGACACUCCAUUACACCUUGCUACUCAAUAUUCUAGCUUUAAUGUGGUACGGUAUCUUAUGGAAAAAGGUGCUGAUGUUAAGGUUAAAGAUAAUGAAGGAAAUACUCCAUUACACUUUGCCACUCAAUAUUCUAGCUUAGAUAUGCUAAAGUAUCUUAUAGAGGAGAAAGGCGCUGAUAUUCAUGCUAUAAAUGGUAGUGGAAACACCCCAUUGCACAAUGCUGCUCUUCGUCUUGACUCUCACCUAGAUAGAUUACAGUAUCUUGUAGAAAAAGGUGCUAAUGUUAAUUCUAAAAAUAAUGAUGGGAAUACCACAUUGCACAAUGCUGUUCGUUUUUCCAACUUGGAGAUGGUUAAGUAUCUUGUGGAAAAAGGUGCUGAUGUUAAUGCUAAAAACAAAAAAAAUCAAACUCCUCUGGAGCUUGUUCAAGCAGAAUGUUUAGAAUGUGCAGACGUGAUAAAUUUCCUAAAAGAAAAGACUAGAGCUAUAAGUUCAACAACUCCUUCUAACUCGACUAAAGAAAAGACUAGAGCUGUAAGUUCAACAACUCCUUCUCAAAGAAAGACUGCACCAGUGCGUAGACGUCGUCAUAUUCGGCAUGCUAGUGAUCGUAAUACUGUUAGAUUUAAAAAUCCAGAGGGCCAUUUACCAACUCCUAUAGCAGCACAUGCUGUACAUGUCAAAGAAACACCGCAAUUGGCUUCUGAUCAAGGUGGUGCUAAUCCUCCACAGACUGUUCCACAUAAUACUAUUUCAUUAUUUAAUGGUAUAGUAUUAUUAUUAGAUCUUAUUGCAAGACAGUUUACUAAGCAAAAACCUGUUCCUACCACAAUAGUUACAGGUCUUUCUCAAGAACAACAAGUAUUAAGUGAUGCGUUGAGGACUAGUAAUAAUUUUGAGGAAGCGGUAGAACAUGCUACAAAAAAGAGUGGUGUACCAAUAACAUUGUCAAAUGUUGAUUUUCUAGUAUAUAAUGAAAUUCUCAUUAAGGUUGCCAGUGGUAAAUCUAAUCACAUCCCUAAACUCUUAAGAUCAUAUGCAAAAGAUAUGUGUAUUGGUGAGCAAAUAAGUGCAGAAAGGUGUGAGAAAUUUAUUGCUGCUUUUAAUGAAAAGUUAAACAUGAAUUCUAAUCAAAACCUACCUAAGGGUCAUUUAGAAAAGGUUUAUACUUCUAGUGGCAAUACACUCGAAACCUAUAAGUAAACAAUUACAGCCUACC